AUGUCGACCGUUCUCAUCACUGGAGGAAAUCGAGGCAUCGGCUUCGGCAUCGCACAGGCCAUUGCCCACCGGAUUCCCUCCUCCACCAUCAUCCUCGGCUGCAGAAAGCCCGAAAAGGGCCACGAGGCGAUUGAGCAGCUGCGAGAGCUGGGCGUCUCGUCCUCGCUGGAUGUUGUUCAGCUUGACAUUGAGGACAUCCCGAGCAUCACGGCGGCGGUUGCAGCCCUGGACAAGAAAUACGGAAAGCUAGACGUGCUCAUCAACAAUGCCGCAAGCCUCCAGGUGCCCAAGACUCACCACCCGGCCGAGCUCAAGGAUACCUUCAACGGCAACUUCAACAGCUGUGUCACCGCCAACGUCCUCGUGACCAAGGCCUUUGUCCCGCUGCUCAGGAAGAGCUCCUGGCCGAGAGUCAUCAUGAACUCCAGCGCUAGAGGAAGCCUCGGUCGCACAGCAAACAGAGAGCUUCCCCCGGUUUCUCUGAUUGACUAUUGCGUGUGCAAAGCUGCACUCAACAUGUUGACUCUGCACUACCAAAUCAUCGAGGACAACUACAAGGAUGAUGGAGAAAGCAUCACCUUCUGGAGCGUCAGCCCCGGCCACACCAAGACGGCUUUCAACAACUAUCAGGGAAAGAAGGAUCCCGUGGCCAGUGCCGAGGCGUUUGUGAGAUUGCUGGAAUCUGAGAGAGGCGCGAUCAAGCCAGGAACGUUCUGGGAGUUUGAAGAUGGCAAGUUCCAAGAGGUCCCCUGGUGA